AUGACCACAAAGACCCCAAUCAAUGAUUUCAUCAAUUUACAAGAACCUCCCAAGCCUAAGGAUAAUGGUUCAAUGGUGGAUGCUGUGGAGAUGGAUAUGAUGAUGUUCAACAGAAUGCCUAUUUUUAAUGAGGAUAGUAAUGAACUUCCAAGAAAUUAUCAGCAAUCGUCGUCCUCUUCUAAUGGCUCCAUGGAUAGAAGGGAUGUCAACUUGCAACGUCGUCAAUCUACAAAUUAUAUAGAUGCCUUGAAUUCUAGAAAAAAUUCCAUCUCCAACAUCAAUACUAAGUUGCAAAACACUCUUGAUUCCCAGGAUAGAUCCAAAGAGAGUCCCAUUGAUGAGAGUAAAAGACAUUAUAGAAACAGAAGACAGAGCAGUGUUCCAUCUAUGAACCUACAAGACACUUGCCAUGAACGUUAUAUGACUACAAACCUAUUGAAUGAUAGUCAAACCUCUUUGGAAGAGGAAAAACCACAAUUUAAAGACUCCUUCAUGCAUGAAGAUACUGGACGUACGCUAACCGACCAAGCAAGGGGUAGGCAACAAGAUAUUCAUGUUAAAAACAAUAAUCAUUACAGAAAGCCAAGUUUCCAGUAUGAGGAUUUCAAAAAAGAUAUGUAUCAACGUUCGAAUAUGUUCCAAGAUUAA